UUGCACACUCUUUGAAUGCCCGGCAUUUCUCUACUCCAAAAAUCCAAUUUACAGGUCCUUCCUCAACUAAUUUCCACCUUCUGUCACGGCGACCCUCCGCUUUUUACCCAAUUAAAGCCACCGGCCUCCGUCCAUUUCACUCUCCACAGUCACACACCCAACUCAUAAAAACCCCCUAACAGCCACUUCCCUCUUCUCAAAAUCCUCCAACAAUGAAGAGAUUGAAGAACUACUACAUGCACUUGCGCCACCACCAAGCCAUGGAGCGCAAAUGGAUCUUUCCUCUAGCUAUUGGGUCUAUUGUGUCUCUCUUUCUUCUCUUUCUCACCACCCUUACCUUCCCUGAUGGUACCCCAUUAUUCCCUUUGUAUCGCUCCUUCUCUACUUUUAGUUCUAGAUUCGUUGAGCCUAAGCUUCAGCCAAUUCCUGUGUCCAAUCUUCCUCCUCCUCCUCGAUUUGCUUACCUAAUCUCUGGCUCUGCUGGAGAUGGGAACAUGUUGAAGCGAACCUUGCAAGCCCUUUACCAUCCUAAUAACCGGUAUGUUGUGCACUUGGACCGGGAAUCUUCUUCUGAGGAGCGGUUGGAUCUGAAUAAUUAUGUCAGGAAUCAUCCGGUUUUCAUCAAGUUUGGUAAUGUGCAGAUGAUCACUAAAGCUAAUCUUGUAACGUACAGAGGUCCCACCAUGGUCGCUAAUACUCUGCACGCGGCGGCGAUAUUGUUGAGAGAGGGUGGGGAUUGGGAUUGGUUCAUCAAUCUUAGUGCGUCUGAUUAUCCACUUGUUACACAGGACGAUCUAUUGCACACGUUUUCUUAUCUGCCGAGGGAUCUUAAUUUCAUUGAUCAUACGAGCAACAUUGGUUGGAAAGAGUUUCAAAGAGCGAAGCCUAUAAUCGUAGAUCCAGGGUUGUACAUGACAAAGAAAGCUGAUGUUUUCUGGGUUACACAGAGGAGGAGUGUACCGACAGCAUUCAAACUUUUUACAGGUUCGGCCUGGAUGGCACUUUCUCGGCCUUUCGUUGAUUACACCAUAUGGGGAUGGGACAAUUUACCUCGAGUAGUACUCAUGUAUUAUGCAAACUUUAUAUCUUCCCCAGAAGGUUAUUUCCACACUGUCAUUUGCAAUGCACAGGAGUUUCGUAACACCACUGUGAAUAGUGACCUUCAUUUCAUAUCAUGGGACAAUCCUCCUAAGCAGCAUCCACACCACCUAAACCUUGCUGACAUGCAAAAGAUGGUUGACAGUAAUGCGCCUUUUGCAAGGAAGUUUCGCCGAGAUGAUCCAGUGCUUGACAAAAUUGAUUCUGAGCUCUUAUCUCGGGGUCCAGACAUGUUUACUCCUGGUGGUUGGUGUAUAGGAAGUCGGGAAAAUGGAACUGACCCAUGUUCUACUGUAGGUAAUACAACAGUUCUUAGACCUGGCCCUGGAGCAAAAAGGCUGGAGAAUUUGAUAAGCACUCUGUUAUCCAAAGAAAAGUUCCGGACAAGGCAGUGCAAGUAGCAUUACACAUUGAAGAACGUAUUUUACAUAUCAUUGGAGUAGUUUAUAUUGGAAUGGAGAUUCAAUGAUCACCUAAUCUGCACACGUUCUGGUAGGAGAAAAACGAGUGCUGCUAUACACGAUUCUCUGGCAAAAUGUUGUGGCACGGCAAGAUGAAUUGUGUGAAAGGAUAUCAAUUACAUAGCUGGCGUUACUUUUCUAAUGUAAAAUCUUGUGUAGAGGGCUGAACUCAUCCUUAUGACUAGGUGGCCAAAAAAUAUUUUAAUCCUUUUCUUUACAGUUUCCAUGACCAAACCAUUCAUCAUUUAGCCCCGAAUCAUGUGGGGAGCUAAUGGUGAGGUGGAUGAACUCUGGCAAGAUUAAUGUUAGAAAAAGAAGAAGAGGGGGAAGUUCAUGAAAUUUUAUUGUAUGAUGGCCACUUCUAGCAGAAUAUACUUAUUAUCCUGGAAAGUCUUGGUUUAGAAAGGACUAGUUUUGUUUAUAUGCUACUUUGACAAGUUCUUGUCAUGGUUGAACUUGAAUGUUCUUAGGUUCAAAUACGACAAUCUGAAAAAGAUUUUGAUGUCA